CGCGGUGCAUGCGUCGCGCACCUAAUUCCUCACGCGUUAUAUUGCAGAUGCGAGCCCGCUGCCGCUAAAACCAUGCCGGCCGAGGAGGAAUCCGCGGCGAUGGACGGCCGCGAAGCCGCCGACGGCUCGCCCCAGCAGUUCUGUCUCCGAUGGAAUAAUUAUCAGACGAAUCUCGCCAAUUGCUUCGAUCAGCUGCUCCAGACCGAGUCCUUCGUGGACGUCACGCUCGCCUGCGAAGGUCAGAGCCUGAAGGCGCACAAAGUGGUGCUCUCGGCAUGCAGCCCCUACUUCCAGACCCUGUUCAUGGACAACCCCUGUCGGCACCCGAUCAUAAUAAUGCGCGACAUUAAGUAUUGCGACCUGAAGGCGGUGGUAGAUUUCAUGUACCGCGGAGAGAUCAACGUGUCGCAAGAUCAGAUCACCGCGCUUCUGAAGGUGGCCGAGACCUUGAAGAUCAGGGGUCUGACGGAUGUGAGCGGGGAGCACGCCGUGCUGCGGGCGGGCGGCGGUCUGGAGGCCCGCGCUGGCAAGCGGCCUGGAAGCCGCGAGGGAGAGUCCCCAGGCGGCGCCUCGGCUAAGGCUCGUCGGCGAUCGGCGGAGCGCAGCCCGGCGGGCAGCCCGCGCGUUUCGCCCGCGGGUGCCGGCGCACCCGCUGACUUACUGCACGCGCCGCCCGACGCGCCCAACGCGCCCGCGCUGCACGUCGACGACGUGGACAUCCGCCCCGGCAUCGCCGAGAUGAUCCGCGAGGAGGAACGGGCAAAGUUGCUUGAGAACUCUCACGCUUGGCUCGGCGCCUCUACAUCUUCGAUUGCAGAUAGCUACCAGUACCAGUUGCAGUCGAUGUGGCAGAAGUGCUGGAACACGAACCAGAGCCUUGUCCACAACUUACGAUUCCGCGAGCGCGGCCCACUCAAAUCUUGGCGCCCCGAGACCAUGGCUGAAGCUAUAUUCUCCGUACUGAAGGAAGGACUGUCCCUUUCUCAAGCUGCAAGGAAAUACGAUAUACCAUAUCCGACGUUCGUUCUCUACGCCAACCGAGUCCAUAACAUGCUGGGACCCAGCGCUGAUGGCGGUGCAGAUUUGAGACCAAAAGGUCGCGGAAGGCCUCAGCGCAUCCUACUGGGAGUAUGGCCUGACGAGCACAUCCGCGGCGUGAUUCGUGCCGUGGUCUUCAGAGACUCGCACGCUCCGCACUCCACCCAUCACAUCAAGGAGGAGGUGCUCCCCGUCUAUCCUGCCAUCACGGAUGGUAUGAGCGUGCAGAACGCGUACCCUGUUGCAUGCGGCAACGGGCGGGAAGGCGGCGUAUCGCCAAAUGCAGCUGCCGCUGCCGCCGUGGCUGCCGUCGCUCAUGGUCUUCGUCGUCAAAUGUGCAAUAUGGUGGUUGCCGCUCAACGACCACCCGAUCACCCGCCACACCUCGGACUGCCCCCGCUGCCACUUCAGUCACCACGCCUACCUUCGCCGCUCUCUGCUGGACUGGAAUCACCACUAUGCUCACCACCGCCUCCUGGCCACGCUCUGGAACCACCGAAGCCUGCGGAUCCUUUCCGCCCCUUUGCUUCACCCCGUCCCGACAGCCGCUAUGGAGAACGUGACGUCGUCGCUGAGAUAACUGACAUGGGCCCGCCUAAGACUCCGGUUUCGAUUGCUAAGAACGGAAAGGAUUUGUCGACGCCACUUCCUGUCAAGAUGGAGCCGCCUCCGGCAGAGGCACGUGCGGAGAACAUCUGAAGCGAGGCCGCGGGCGCGGCGCCGGCUCACACGCCAGUCGGCAUUCCCCCGCCGCUGCCCGCUUAUCCUUACUUCGUCCCGAACCGCAACUCCGUUGGCUACUUUUAAAGCGGAGCGUGCGCGGGACUUCUCGCGCAGCCGAAGCCGAAGCGCGACCGCUUCCCUCGCUGCGCAGAGCGGAAGUAUUUAAUCAAUAUGAUUGUAUCGGCAUUAUUUUAUCAUAUUUAAUUAAUUAUUUAAAAUGGACUCGCUGUGCAAUAAAUUGCUUGUUGUUUAGUUACGAAUUUCGUAUUAUUAUUAUGAAGGAAUAUUUUUAGUUUAAUUAUUAUUUUCAAUAUACAUUGUCGUUUAUGUAUGCUGCAAUUACAUACUUCGAGUAUAUAUUUUUUGGUAAAUGGAUGGAGGAGAGCGCGGGCGUCGCUCAGAUGUUCGCCCCCGCCGCCGCGCUCACUGUACUAACUAAUUACUUGUAAGCUUAUAAACGUCUUAGAUCCAUCUGUGAACGUAGAGGUAUCAAAAUUUACAACAUUUGGCCGCAUUCAAAAGACUGUUUGGUAUACCUAUUCAUUAUAAAUCAGCUACCUACGUGCGUAUGCGUAAGAGUAAAUCAUGAAUAUAAAUUAGCUCUAGAUGUUAACUUUAAACAAAGCAUAGAUGUAUGUUCCAUUUAAUCGUCAGGUCGAUGUCAAUUUCUCUAUAGCGCGACGUGGUGUGAUGCUUUCGGAUCUCCCCGAGUCUGUUACUCGAGCACGAUUACCGUGCUGGGGCUCCACCACGUUCUGUAGACUUAGUGAUCGCCAAAUGUAACAUAGAUGUAUCCUUAGCCAGUAGUGAUUGUUCCAAAUGUUAGGCUAAAUUAGAUGUUCGGGGCUCGACCGACCUCUCUGCAUUGACUUCAAUUAAUAUUAUAUCGAUGUCGCUCAGCUUUUUGUGUCUAAAGUUCCUCGUGCGUUUAUCGAGCAUUAAUGUGUAGAUGUUAGAUUAUGGAAACGAUAUCAUCACUAACGUCGACUCGACUUCCUUAAGUUAAUAUCUCCAGUGUAUUUCGCCUUCGAUACAAAUGCUUAUGGCGUUGCUAUUUCUGUCUACAAAAGAAGACUCGAGUCGACUAGUGUUGUUAUCACAUUUUAAAUAUUGCAAAUCUUAAUGGAUUUUAAUCGUUAUAUCAGAUUCAUUGGUUAAUGUUAGGAGGAACAUCGGCUUGCCCAUUAGGUUUAGGAUCACAGAAAUCGCCAAGCGUUGGAUGUCAUUCAUUCGAACGUCUGCUGACCUACCUAUUGUGUAGCUUAGAGUAUAUAUUUCAAUUAACUUAGAUUAGCUGUGUAACUAUUUGUAGUAUUCAUCAUUCGCGCUGGCGACUGCGGCCGCCGGUUACGCCCGUCAUGCUCCAGUAACCUGGAGCGGCAGGCCGGCAACGUAUCGUUCCCACGAACGUUGUUAGCGUGAAUACAUGUGUUAAGGUGUAUACUCGUAUGUACAAAUUUGUUUUAACACCUCUCCUGAAUACAAUGUUAUUUUGAUUCACACUUUCGGCGGGAAAAAAAUCGUAGUAUACAAAUCUUCUUGCCGCAAGGGGUAUACCAUGAUUUAGAUAUUGUUGGCGACAUUCGUUGGCGUUAUCACAUUUAACAAUUGAGGGGGAAGACGGAGCGCGGACUUGUAACAGGUCCGGUUCGGUCCGGUACCUACCGGCCACGGCGUGCGCUGCGCCGCGCUCCGUCCGCGCGAGUCUCGUCGCAGAACUAGCUCGUGAAGCAUGUUUAAAAUAAGUCUUCAAGUGGCCUUGAUAUCUCACUAUUGUUUGGAAUUUGGAUUAUCUGGUUUGGUUAAAGUUUGGAAAUUAGUGUAUAAAAUGAGACCAAAUUAUUAAAAAUACAUUUGCGAUUCAGAUCUAGUGUUGAAACUUUUGGCUAUCCUUUUGGAAAUAAAGUUAACUAUAGGAAAAAUUAAAAAAAAAAAUUAAAAUUAUAUAAACGGCCUAUACGUUUCGGAUGAAUUGCGUAAAUUUGGUAAAUGUUACUACGCAUAUUUUCUAUUGUGUAAGUUUAGGCUAAUGUGUUCAAAAAGUAAAUUAAAAUUUUUGAAAAAAGUAGAAAGUGCCUUCCAAAUUUUUGACCACGGUAAGUGUUGGAACGGGUGCGGCGAUGAUCGGCUGGAAGCGGCCCGCGGCGGCGCGGCGUGAUAGGUAGCGACACGUGCGCACCCGUGCCGCGCCGCCGCUCGACCGCACUGAACGUGCUUAACUAUUAAAAGUAAGAUUAAUAAAAAUUCAAAAUUAUUAUAUAAAAAUUAAAUACAUAUGACUAUUAUAUAGUAAAAAAUAUACAUAAAAUUAUAUAUUUGGCCGAUGUGGUAUUACCCUGACAGGCAAGCGUUAGCUGACUAUUCGGCGUCAAAAUUAAUUAUAUUAUAUUUUCUUUAUAAAUAAUCAAUAUCAGAAAACAAUGCAUAAAUGCAAUGUGCCAUUUGUUUGAGCUGAUGUUCGGUUUUGCAUCACAUUUGGAUUUCGUAGUUAUGAUAAUAAACAUUACCUAAUUAAUUUAUUGUAUUGGAUUGAAAGUACCUAUACAUUUCGAUUACAUAAAAUAUAAGUGACUAUAUUAUUUUCGUGAUAGUUAAGUAAAGAUUACUUGUAUGUAGUGAUAUUAUACCUACACGUAACGAGGCGAUUUUAUUCGAUACUUUAUUAAUUUAUAUUUUUAGCUAUUUAAACCAUUACUGGCGACACACGCCCUGUGCUGCAUCGCAUGACAAUUUUUCCAAGUCCGAUAUAUUCUUUUUAUAUACUUUUGUGAUAAAAUAAAAUAUAUUCAUAUUUUUAUUGUAAAGAACAACAUUGUUUUGCAAUAUGUAACUUGCACUAUUACUGUUUUAUUAUUAAUUAUUUAUUAUUUUUUUAGUUACAAAAGCCUUCCGCCGUUUUGGGCUCAAAGUAUUUACUUUCCUUACCUGCUGAGCAACCAAAAAGUUUUUAUUUCAUUCAAAGUAUUGUAUUACAUGUGACUGUUUAGUUUUAAGUAGAAACUUUUCCCGUGGGUAACGAUUAAAUUAUAAAAUAGAAUGUACUUGUUAGUAUUAUCAUUCGCUUUUUUAAACUAUCAAUUGAUUUUGUACCUAUAGCUUAUUAUUACAGAAUGUACUGGAGACAUUUUUAUUAUUCCUGUGUAACUUUGACGUUACGUUUUAUAUAAUUGAGUAUGUGAUGUCAAUUUUCCGUGUUUUUCAUAUUUAAGAUUCGUUUUAAUUUGAAGACACCUACUAUUCGUGAAGACACCACCUUAUACUUAUGGAGCCAGUAAAUUUUUUUGCAUUUUAGUUUAAACUGAAAACCUAUUUUUGAUGAUAUUUCAAACAAUGCACUAUGCAUCACAUUAGUUAGUUAUUUAGUGUAUAGUAUAUUAAGACUCAAUAUUAAGUUGGUGUCGCUACGAAUAUCAGUUUUUAUUUUUAUCCAGAUCUGUUUGAAUACACAGGAGUGAUAAAAAUAUAUUUUUAAAAUGUAAAGAUUUUAGUUAUAACAUUAUUUUAAUUCACUUCACGAUAGUUAUCGUCGUUAUACGGUUAUGUUAAAUGCGAUUAUUGUUGUUAGGGUAUUUCUUUUCCAACAGCUUGUGUUCCUGAAGUAAUUACCGUGUAAAUGGAUGUUUUAAUGUGAUCAGAGAUUAUAAACUGAAGUAUAAGUAUAGCUGGCGUGUUCGUUGUCCGAUCGUAUUCUGAAAUUAGUUACUUACAAUUAAUUAUUGCUUAUAAAAUAUGUCUGCAAUUUUUUUCUUUUUUUAUCGAUAAGUUUUAACUUUUCUUUAAGUA